AUGACCACGCUCACCGAGAAGACACAAAUUCUGCAGCGAUGGGCCGAACAAUUCAGAGGCGUCCUCAAUCGCCCCUCCAACAUCUCCGACACCGCCAUCGCCCGCCCGUCCCAAGUGAAAACCAACGCCAACCUUGACCUCCCGCCAUCUCUCCACGAGAAUAUCAGGGCCGUGCUGCAGCUCUCCAGCGGGAAAGCGCCCGCAUUGGAUGCCAGCUCUGCGGAGGUCUACAAGCAUUAUUGUCCCCAAAUCAUGGAGAAUCUGACGGCACUGUUCCAGGAUAUGCGGCGUCAAGGAGAAGUCCCGCAGGAUUUCAAGGACGCCACAACCAUCCACCUAUACAAACGGAUAGGAAGCCGCCAGCUUUGCGACAACCACCGAGGCAUCUUCCUGCUGAAAAUUGCCGGUAAGAUAUUCGCUCACAUUCUCCUCAACCGCCUGAACAAUCACUUGGAUCAAGGUCUUCUUUCGAAUAGUCAAUGCGGCUUCCGCAGUUAUGGUCGCAUCAUGGACGGGAUCUUCGUCACACAUCAGCUGCAGGAGAAGCGUCGGAAGUUGCAAACCCACCUGCACUAUACAUUCGUGGAUCUGACGAAUGCAUUCGACAGGGUGAAUUGUGACGAAAUGUUGAAAAUCAUGCGGUGA